AUGUUGCGCACUAACGUUCUAUCACGGCUCUACGGGACGAACCUGCUCAACCAGCAGCUCCAGCGCAGAGUCUCGGCAGCAGCUACGGCCUCGCUCUUUGCGCGCCAGCAGCUGCUCGUCCCGGCCACCGCCACAUCCUUCAGCCAACGAGUCCGCACGUUCAGCGACAAGCCCAGCAGCAGCGGCAGCGCGACGGCAGAGCACACUCACGAGCACGCACAUCAGCACAGCGACAACGGCAGCUGCUGCAACCACAGCCACAGCCAUGGCCAGCAUGCCGACCACCAGCCCGUGAAGCAGGCAGAGUCGAAGCCGUUCCAGAUCCCGAUGGACAAGCCGAUGUACAACAUCACGUUCACAUGCACCGUCUGCAAAACGAGAUCAAACCACUUCUUCUCAAAACAGGCAUACCAUCAUGGCACGGUCAUGGUGCGCUGUCCUGGAUGCAAGAACCAUCAUCUGAUGGCAGAUCAUCUCAAGAUCUUCUCAGACACCCCGGUUACUCUAGAAGACAUCCUCAAAGGCCGCGGCCAGCGCAUAACCACCGUCAAUCUAGAAGACUCGAUCCGGCUCAGCAAUGAAGAAAUCGUCGAGUUGGGCGCGACAAAGGAGAUCAUUGCCGAUGUCACCCAGUUCGUCGUCGCGGCCCCGGAUCCCUCAAAAGUUUGA